ACUCUCAAAAUGAAUUGCCACAUUUUUCUCUUCAAAGUUUGUCAGAACAGUUUGGUUUGAAAAAGGAGUUGACUUACUUGUAUUAUUUAAUGGAAGGUCGCCCUAAUUAUUCUUAUUUAAAAUUUUUUGCUCAAGAGGUCAUUUUAGAAACUGGACUUUCACUUUCACGGGUGCGUGCCACUUGUAGGGAAGUUAUUGAUUAUGCACUGACAAAUUAUAAAGCAUUGGAUAUUUGUGCAUCUUGUAUAGCUUUCAUUGAAUUGCUUGGACAAGAUUCUUUGCCUCUCAGAGCUUCUUUGAUUGCCGCAAAUAUGUUGCACGAUUCUCGGAUUUUGGAAGGAGAUUCAGAUUAUGAUAAGAGUUUUCCUGAUAUAGGAAGAAAAUUUAAACAAGCUUACAUAGACAAAACUCAUGCACUCUCUUUAGUGUCAGAACUAGAAAACAUAAUUUUAAACAAGUGGAAUCCUUUCAAUUGUGAUGCUGAUUCUUUAUUUCAAGAUGUCAUAUUAUGGAUGCCUGCAAUGACAAUUAGCCACUUAUAUGAAGUUGAAGCUGGGAAUCAUUAUUUAUAUGAAUGUGCCAAGCAAAAUAAAUGGCUGCAAUUUUUAGUGUUUGCUCAAAUUUUCCAAAUACCUAAGGAACAAGUCCUGAAAGCUGCUUCUCGAUUUUCUAACUCUUGCAUCUCUUAUCAUAUAUUUCACUCUCUUCAUCGAAAGUCUUCUCUGCUGUACGAUGUCGCUUAUGAGACCAAGAGUGUUUCUUCUCUAAAAUCUCAGAAGAAAGAUAUGCGGAGAUCUUUGUAUACUCGUAUUGGAGUUAUCAAGGAUGCACCAGUUGAAUCUAAAAAAAACACUGAGCCUGAUGAUGAUAAAAUAUCUGUGACUAGUGAAGAAACCUCUACCUCUUCAGACACUGAUUUGCGAUCGUAUGUGUUGAAAGAUUUAUUUAGCCAACUGCUUCUUGCUCAUGGAACUGACUCCCCAUCAGAUUGCUUGUUGCAUACAUGUUACGAGAUUCAAAAUCCAAUAUUAGCUGCUCUUGCUGCAUCUUACCCUGAAGCUCCUAUUGAAGCCUGCUUCUUCAUGUGGCUUUAUACAAGUCUUAGCCAUAAUGAAACAAUCCAAAAACAGCUUGAGACUUUUUUUCCUGAACUGAGAAUUCCAAAUAUUAACACAGAUGACCUGGAAAAUCUGAUUGUAAUUGCUAUUCACCAUCAUAAAAUUUUAACAUUGUGGCAAGGUGUUCACAUUUUUCUGCCUAGUACUCCAUUGCCAUCGCUGAUGGGAUUUCUCAGAAGCUUUAUUGUCUACAAAAGAUUUGAUUCAAGUAUAGAAGCAUUUCAAAACAAGCUUUGGGAUUAUCCCAAGAACACAGAAAAGUCAUCAGUUUUGCAUUCUCUAUUUUGGAUUGAAAACAUAUCAGUGACAAUUUUAAAAGAGGUUGUUAUUUCAUGUUCCUCUAACUAUGAGAGACAACUGUUGCUUCGCCAUUUCUCACACACUAGAUUGGAAAAAUCUUUUUCUAAAGAAGUUGUGGUGCCACAGUUUAUAAAAGUUUACCACAUGAGGCAGUGCCUUGGAGAUGUUGCCCAAGACAUAGAUGUAAAGAAUCUCUUUUUACCUGAACAUGACAGGCAGUAUAAAGCAACUUGUUGGGAAGCAAUUACAAAACUGCUGCAGCAUCAUUCAUAUGAAGACGCUCAACUUUUUUCUGAACACGCCAAACUUCCACAAGAUCAAAUGUUAAUGCUUCAGAUUAAUCAAGAAACUGAUGAAGCUCGUGUAAGUCCUUCUUGGCAGGAUUUGCAUAUUCGUAUUCAUUUCUGGCAGAACUUAAUUCUAAAACUACAAGUUUUAAGUCUUCACACUGCUGUGGAUUUUCUAGAGGUUCAAUGUGAAAUAUCUGACAUGCACGGGGAGAAAUAUUUUUUGAUUAAGUCUAUAAUUGACAUGAUUAAAGAUAAUUUGAUCCAGGGAUCAACUGAUGGAACUAUAUACAACUUAGAUUCAUUAAAUAAGAAGAUGUGGUGGUUUUGUAUUAAAGCUGAAGUUAACAAUGAGUUAUUGCCAGAGAUAUUCGAUGUCAAAGCUGUAUUUGAAUUGAACAUUCAAGAAAUCUUUUUCUCUAAAAAAGUACAACCUAAUCCUUGUUGUAUUGAAGAUGAAAAAGAAAAAGAAGCAUUGGGAUCUAUCAUUGGACGCUUUUUGAGUAAAAGUGAUAUACAUAGUGCAUUUCAACUAGCUUUGACUUUUGGAUACGAUAGUUUAGAUUUAAAAAUUAUUAAGUUAUGCUUUGAAGUAGCAAAAGGUGAAAUAAACAUUGAUUCUGUGGACAGAUCAAUGCCUGACUGCUCCAAUGACAUAGCUUCAACUAGAGUAAUUCAGUCACUGAUUCUUUGGGUUAACAAAAAAAGUACAGAUUUAACACCAUUGCAAAAGAGUAUUAUUCAGUGCAUAAAAGAUUUGAGCCUUAAAUGUAUAAUCGCUGUCAAAAUUUGUUAUCGUAUAUUGGUGCAUUAUAUUGUCUCAUUGAUUUUAAAAGAAGAUUUCAUUAACGUUGCUCAAGAAAAGAAUGCAUUUUCAAUUUUGAAGAAAAUCCUUGUUUUGAAGCUGAAUGAUGAACUCGUGAUAGCGAAGAGUUUUAUAGUUGUUCGGGACUUGAGUGAUAAAGAGGUAGCUGAGUUUUUAAGUGAAGAAAUUUGGAACUCUUUAAAGAUACUCCGUAGUUAUGAUUUAGUAAAGAUCCCUGAAGAUGAAAGUGCAUUUUCAGAACAGGUAAUCUAUGAUCCAUUGAGAGCAAAUGAAGGCUUCCAGCUGAUUGUAAAACUUUGCCAAAAUCCAUCCGUACUUGGCUAUUCUCUAAUGUCAAUCUAUUCAACUGAAUCUGCUGAACUGAAUUAUAAAAGCAGCGAUGCAGAUUUCACAGUUUUGGUAGAUCUUUGUAUUUGUGCUCACGAAUGCUUUACAGCAGCAUGCAAUAUGGAUGGAAUAUCUCAAAUUCUUCAUAAUGCACAAACUUUAGUAACUUUGCUUGAAGAGGCUGAAAAAUUUUCCACAAUGGUUCAUUUAUUGACAGGCUUAGACAGAUACAGUGAAAUGAUGUAUGUUUUUGACAUUUUGAAAUCACAUGAUAAAUUCAGUAUUCUUUUCGAAAAGAAAAUGGACAAUAUGCCAAAUCUUAGACUAGCAUUACUAGAUUACUUGAAGAAAUAUCCACCAUCUGAGAAUGACAACUAUUUUUAUACACUUGCCAACAGAUUUGGCAUGCAUCGUGAGAAGGCUGAAAUUCUUGAAAUGUCAGUGCAGAAACUCUUAUCACAAUUGUGUAAAAAAAAUAGUGCUCUUGAUAGUGAUAUGAAAGAUGAAUUAGAAAAUGCUCUUCAAAUUCUGUCUGACGCAGCAAAGAGUUAUUGCAUGGCUGAUUGCUUGCACCAAGCUCAAAAUUGUACCAGGUUAGCCCAAUUGGUUGCCCUCCAAAUUUAUUUUGUUCCAGAUGGGGUUUGGAUUAUAGGUCUUGAUGAAACUUCUGUGGCAAGAUUUAUAACUGAUCAUAAUAAGUUUUCUCAGGCGUUCAUAGUGGCUGAAGAAUAUGGUAAUCAUCAUUUAUGGAGUCAGGCACUCUUGCAUAAUGUGGUGAUCCGUGGAGACAGAGAUUAUUUGCUUGAAUUUCAAGCUCAUUUCGGUCUACCAACAUCUUUAAUAUCAGAUGUUGUUAAAAGAUAUAAGAAAUUGCCUUCUAAAAAUGAGAGUACAACACGGAAUAUGAAAUUACUACUUUCUAUGUGUUCUAAUAUAAAAGUGAAAUACAGUUUAGCUCAUGAAAUGGGAUUCUCAGAUGUGUUAUCUGAACUGUUAAUGGGCGAAGCUUCUUCAUACCUUCAAGAUUUAAUUGCAAAUAACAGUAUAAAAUGAUAUAAAUUGUAAGACAUAGGACUGUAUAUUGUAAAUUUCUAUUAUAAAUGUCUCAUCUGAUAGAUCUAAAUAUAUUUUUAAAUAAUGUGUGCUAUUGAUAGUUUCUGAUAUCUGUGAUAUAUUUGUACCUGUAUGUUAUGAUUAUAUACAGUUUGUCUUAAUAAACUAAUUAUAAUCUUGUAAUUUGUUGUUUACAAAUGUAUGUAACUUGUUGUAUACGAAUUUGUUUUUAUAAACAGGAAAAAAAUUA